CCAAGAAAUCGUCAGUCAAACUUCCAUUUGUGCAUAUUUCGAGAAAUAGUGUCUCUUUUUUCGUUCUUAUCGCACUGAGCUGACGGCUGAAGAAAAUGAUCCAUUGCGCCAUUUCCUCCAUGUCGACCAUUGCGCCACGUGGCCUAAUCACGUCGCGUUCCAAUCCUUCUCCGAUCCGAGUCAACUCGGAUUCUUCAGCUGACGGGUCACUGGCGCCGGCUUCGCUCUGCCUGAGCAGCGGAUUAUGUUCGUGCGGAAGACGGCGCUUCAUCGAAGCAGCAGUGGCGACGCCAUCGUUAUUCCCAAUUCGCCCUUCCACCGCCUCCGCGGCUUCCAAAUUGACUUCUGAAGAUUAUACGGCCAUGUUAGAAGAAGUUCACCCUCCAAGACCGGGCUGGUACGAGGAGCUUUAUGCAUCCAUUUUGAAUACCGCCAUGAAAUCUUAUGAAGCCGAGAUUGCAGGUUACAAGACAGAGCUCUUUGCUGAAUUGAAAGGAAAAGCUGAGCAAGUGUUGGAAAUUGGUAUUGGGACUGGUCCUAAUCUGAGAUACUAUGCUGCUGAUAGCGGUGUUCGGGUUUUUGGCGUGGAUCCGAUUAUGAAGAUGGAAAAAUAUGCUCGGGCUGCUGCUGUGGCUGCCGGUCUGCCCCUUUCGAAUUUCGAGUUCAUACAUGCUGUUGGGGAGGCUAUUCCAUUAGAGGAUGCUUCUGUUGAUGCAGUUGUUGGAACUCUUGUGUUGUGUUCUGUUAAAGAUGUCGACAACACUCUGAAAGAGAUAAAGAGAGUUCUAAGACCGGGCGGACUUUACCUGUUCGUGGAGCAUGUGGCUGCAAAAGAUGGUACAAUCCUCAGAUUCAUACAGAGCGUUCUUGAUCCUCUGCAACAAAUCCUAGCCGACGGGUGUCAUCUCACCCGGGAAACAGGAAGGAAUAUAUCCGACUCCGGGUUCGCGGCCGUUAAUCUACACACGACCACCUUGUCCACUGCCUCAUUCGUAAACCCUCAAGUGUAUGGAAUAGCUCGUAAGUGACAACGCAAGGCAUUACUCCGUUGCGCAAUAUUAUUGGUCUCAACACGUGACGGGAGAGAUGAAAAAAGAGGGCGCGUGCAUGAACCUCCGAUUAUCAUUCGGCUUGUGGGCCUCUGGGUGUUUGCUUCUGGCUGAAGGGAUGUUGAACUAAUAAUUGUAUAAUUCCUUAUGAAUUAGCAAUUAGUGUUAUCUGUUUGUUACACCUAUAAGCAAUAAUUAUGUGUGAUUAUCAACUUACAUAAAAAGGGGUCCCAUAAAUAAUGGUCAAUUAUUCCAA